UCAGUUGUCUGCGUUCCGUUAACGGGUAUGGUCGUGCCGGUACCUUCGUCCGUCGUCAUCGGUUAGUGCGUGUGCCGUCGUCCGAUACCGAGUGCGUGCGUGCGUCCGUCGUUCGGUGUGUGCGGUGUUGUGUGUGCGCGCUCGCCCGUUGCAUUGUUUACACCGGUUUUUCUCCGCUCCGCAUUUAUACCGUCCGCGUCCCAACGGCGCGGCGACUUGUGCACGUAAUUCUUACUUCUUUUCUACUCGAUAUUUUGUUUAUAGUUUGUUUGCCCCCGUUAAUAUCAUCAUUGUCGAGUACCGUCGUCGUUGUGCUCAGGAUACGGUGUAAAAGUAUCUAAAGUUUUUUCCUUUCGUUCACCGGGCUUAGUGCUAAAAUUGCUCCGCGUUCCGUUUUUGUCUAAAUAUUGUGCGUCAAAGUGAAUCGGUCCGAAGAUUACGUGCGUAGCAGUAGAUAUCUACCGCCGUUGUCCGUUGAAACUUGAAUAUCAAACCAAACUGGAAAAAUGUGCAAGAUAUCAAAACGAGUCAAUACAAUAAGAUGACAAGAACGUCCCAUUAGUAACUAUCAUGGAAACAGGGUACAAAACACUGUGUUUUAAGCCUCUGAUAUUAGUUCUAUUAUUUCUGGUAUCAAGCUGUUUCUCCACAUUUAAAAAUGGAAGUCUGGCUGAAUUGCAUUUCACCCGAGAACUCUAUAAUGCGACGAUUCCAGAAAACGCGCUUAUUAAAACAUAUGUCCGAACGGAAGAAAAAAUGGGUAUUUAUUGUUCAGAUGACGACCUUUCUAUACGUUAUAAGAUAGCAUCCCAACAAAAAAUAAAAUUUUUUAAAGCCGAAGAAAAAAAAGUUGGAAACUUUUGGUUCCUUUUAGUUCGAACAAAGACUGAUUACGAUGUUCUAAAUAGAGAACGACAAGACGAGUAUGUCUUGGAAAUCAAAGCAACUGUCACAACUUUGACUGACAAAAUAAAGGAUAAAAAAAGGAAUGGUGUUUCAGUAGAACUUCAUACUACUGUCGUUGUAUCAGUUCUUGACACCAAUGACUUAAGUCCCUUAUUCUAUCCCACUGUGUAUGAAAAAACUAUACCCGAAGAUACGCCUCUUCAUUCAAGUGUAUUAAAAGUAUCAGCAGAAGAUGCAGAUAUAGGAAUGAAUGGCGAAAUAUACUAUAGUUUUAGAGAAAAGACCAAUCAAUUCGCUAUGCAUCCAAGAACUGGAGUUAUAACAAUAACUAGGUUAUUAAAAUUUGAAGAACGAAAAUCAUACGACUUCGUUGUUGAAGCUCGGGAUCGUGGUAUUAGAGGACGCUCCAAACCAAACACGGCAAAAGUAAAAUUUAAUAUACAACAAGUUAAUAUAUACAGUCCUGAUAUAGAUAUCCAAAAUUUACCUCAUGUUGUUGAAGAGUCGAACUGUGAUAUAUAUGCAAUUAUCAAAGUUACAGAUAGAGAUACUGGUGUAAAUGGUGUUAUACAAAGUUUAGAAAUUGUUGAUGGGGAUCCUGAUGGUCAUUUCAGAAUCAAAGAAACAGGACAUAUUGGUGAAUAUAAUAUUGUAGUUCUGAAUAUGUUGGAUAGGGAAACUGCUCCGAAGGGUUAUAAUUUAACACUCAGGGCAGUUGAUUCUGGAACGCCCGAGAGAGAUACUUAUAAAUCGAUUCAUAUAAAACUGGCCGAUGUUAAUGAUAACGCCCCAGUAUUUGAGCGUGAACUGUACGAAGUAAAUAUUGCCGAAACUGCCCCAAUUAAUUCACCCGUUAUAAAACUAAAAGUAAGUGACAAGGAUGAAGGCAAAAAUGCACAAGUGUCUUUGGAAAUUGUGGGUGGUAAUAAAGGUGGUGAAUUUAGAAUAAACAAACGGACCGGUAUGCUUUAUACUGCUGUGGUGUUAGAUGCUGAACUCGGAUCAUCUUAUACUUUAACGGUCAGUGCUAUAGAUCAAGGAAACGCUGGAAGUAGAAAACAAUCUGCUGCUAAAGUCAAAAUAUUCGUCGUUGACGCUAACGAUAAUGAUCCACUUUUUGAUAAAUAUUUCAUGGAAGUAUCUAUUAACGAAAACGAACCUGCAGGCACAUCCGUUGUAAAAAUAGGUGCGCGGGAUAAAGACUCUGGAGAAAAUGGUUAUAUAUCCUAUAGUAUUGCCAAUUUGAAACCAGUGCCUUUUGAUAUUGAUCAUUUCACUGGUCUUAUCAAAACCACACAUCUUUUGGACUUUGAAACUAUGAGGCGGGAAUAUGUACUUCAUAUUAGAGCAUCGGAUUGGGGAUACCCAUAUAGAAGACAAACAGAAAUGAAAUUAGUAAUUAAAUUAAAGGAUGUAAAUGACAACAGACCGCAGUUUGAAAAAAUAGACUGUAAAAUUCAAGUUCCUAGAUUUACUGCCAUUGGUAAAGAAAUUAUGACAAUGUCUGCUGUCGAUUUCGAUGAUGGUAAUUUCAUUAGCUAUCGAGUUGAAUCAGGUAAUGAAGAUAACUGUUUUUCCAUUGACUCUUCGUCUGGUGUACUUUCAGUAACUUGUGAUUUAUCAGAUGUACGUACCGAAGAACGUUCUGUGAAAAUCACUGCUACUGAUGGUUCUCAUUAUUCAGAUUUAACAAGUUUACUUAUAUCAUUAGUAAAUGCUAAAAAAACACAGGCUGCAGAUGAUUCAAUUAAUAUAGAUUGUCGAGAAACAGGUGUACUUCGACGUUUGAAUGAUGCCAUUGAAACAGCGAAAAAGAACAAUAUUGACGAAGAUGACGAUUUUGCUAUGAUGCCCAGUCGGUAUGGAGAAAAUGUAUAUAAACCUGAAUUGGUAAAUUUUCCUAGUGCUGUUCAAGUUAACGAAUCCGUUCCAUUGGGUUAUACAAUAUUAGCCAUUCGGGCCCGAGAUAGAGAUUUAGGAUAUAACGGUAAAUUGAUUUAUGGCGUUUCUGACGGGGAUGACGAUUCUUUGUUUAGAAUUGACCCAGAAACUGGUGAUUUGAAUGUAGUUGGAUAUUUAGAUCGUGAAGCAAGGGAUGAAUACAUAUUAAAUAUUACUGUUUCUGAUCUCGGAAAACCACAACAUACUACAUGGAAAAUGUUGAAAGUAGUGAUUUUAGAUGUCAAUGACAAUGCUCCUAAAGUCGAUAAAAGAGUUUCUAGCUUUCGGGUUAGUGAAAAUGCUCGAAAUGGGACUGUAAUAUUUCAAAUAAAUGCACAAGAUUCAGAUCAAGGAGAAAAUGGUAGAAUAGUGUAUACAUUAACCACCGAUACCACUCAUUUUUCAGUUGACCAAACUUCGGGCAAUCUUUUUGUGUCUGGUCGCCUGGAUCGUGAACGACAAGAACUAUAUGAACUAAAAGUGACAGUUUCAGAUUGUGCCCCAGAACCAUGGACUUUACACACUGAGGCAUUAAUUCGUAUUAUUGUUGACGACGUGAAUGAUAAUGCACCAGAAUUUCUUGUACAAAAUUACACUGUCAAAGCUCUAGAAGAUUUACCGAUUGGUAGCGUUGUCACGAUCGUUACUGCAGUGGAUCCUGAUCUUGGUACUGGUGGUAUAGUCACUUAUUCAUUAGAAUCAGAAUCUUCGUCUGAAGUAGAUGAACAAACGUUUGAAAUCGAUGCUAUAUCUGGAACUGUUCGGACUCUGAAUGAGUUAGACUUUGAACUGAGGCAGAUACAUACAAUUAUCGUUAGAGCAGUUGACGGUGGUAUGCCUUACUUAUCUUCGGAAACUUGGUUAACAAUAGAAGUUGUAGAUGUUAACGAAAAUAUGUUUGCUCCCGAGUUUGGCAGUUUUUAUGCCACAGCAUUCAUUGAUGAAAACGAACCACCCGGAACCCUAGUAACUACAGUAAGUGCAACUGAUGCCGAUCCACCUGGUGACGUAUCAAGGGUUGGUUAUUCUAUUGUCGAUGGUGAUGGACUUGGCUACUUUUCAAUUGACAGUGCAGGCAAUAUACGGACAAUGGUAGUUUUAGAUGUGGAGACUAAAUCUUCGUAUUGGCUGACUGUGAUGGCUUUUGACCAUGCCACCGUUCCCCUACAUUCUCGGCUUGAGGUUUUCGUUGAAGUAAAGAACAUUAAUGACAAUGUGCCUUUGACUAAAGCUCCGGUAUAUUAUCCACGCGUAAAAGAAGACGCUUUGCCCAAUACACCGAUCAUCCAGCUAGAAGCCUCCGACGCUGAUCUGUCCGACACGAGAAUCACGUACAAAAUAACCACCGGCAACCCCCAAUCGUUGUUUACGAUCUCUUCUAACACCGGUCUUAUAACUACUACCGGACGUAAACUAGAUCGAGAGACCGAAUCCGAACACAUACUAGAGGUUACGGUUAUCGACGAUGGUAUACCCGUGCUAUCAUCUACGACCAGUGUGGUAAUCACAGUCGAGGACGUGAACGACAAUGCGCCGGAAAUGCUGAAGAAAAUGUACCGGUUCAAAAUUCCCGAGACGCAACCCGUGCAAGAGCCGCUGACCCAGGAGAAUGGCACGGCUGCAGUGACCGCGGAAAUGACCGAAAUCGACGAGUUUCUGGACAAAAAACCAUGGAUCUCUUUCGAGCCCAACGACAUCAUAGGCCCGGCGUUGUUCAGAGUCGUAGCCAGUGACAAAGAUUCCGGUGACAACGCUCGAUUAACGUACACCAUGAAAGCUGCCCAAGGAGUGGACGAUAUAUUUUCUGUGGAACCCGAUACUGGUGUAAUUCAUUCUGAAUACUCUUUUAGAGGCAAUCAAGACUUUUCAUUUUACAUAAGAGCCACUGACAACGGAUCGCCAAACAUGAGUUCCGUGGCGAAAAAGGUGAUCGUUGAAGUUCUGAAAAUUCCAGAGAACUCAAAAUACGUACCUGAAAUCCAAAAUCCAAAUCAGAAAGUAGAUGUUACAGAAAGUGAUACCGUCGGCUACAUAGUUGCACUCAUCAAUGCUGUGGACAAAGACCAGGAUUACCUUUGGUACCGAAUCGAAAGCGGCGAUCCGAAUUUGGAUUUCAUGAUCGAAGACGACGGCAAUGUGGUGCUAGCCCGGCAGCUGGACUGGGAAACGCAGAAGGAAUAUAACCUGACCAUCGCGGUUACGGACGGCGUUUACACGACGGCUACGCAGCUGUUCGUCAGCGUCAAAGACAUCAACGAGUACCGUCCGAAAUUCUCGCAGGACGUGUACGAGGUGAACGUGACGGAGAACGCGGAAAUCGGUUCGCCCGUGGCCCGACUGAUGGCCACCGACGACGACCAGGACCUGAAGCUCCUGUACGGCAUAUACAGCGCGCAGCACAUCAACUCCGUCAAAUCGUUUGCAGUCGACUACCAGUCGGGCGUCGUGUCCGUGCAACAGCCGCUGGACAGAGAAAGCAUAGCCAGACACGAGUUGACCGUCGUGGUCAAGGACCAGAGUACGCCAUCCAAAAAGAACUUUGCACGCGUUUUGAUCACAGUGAUCGAUAGUAACGAUCACUCCCCUGAAUUCAGUUCCAACAUUGUCCAGGGCCGAGUGUUCGAGACGACAGCUGUGGGCACUAGUGUACUGCAAUUGUUGGCUACAGACAAGGAUCAUGGUGAAAACGCUGCCGUAUCUUAUCACAUCACAUCAGGAAAUAUCGGCAACGUAUUUAGCAUUGACAGUAAGCUAGGCACUCUACACGUUAUGAAAGAGUUGGACAUGUCGGUGACAUCAGAGUAUACAUUGAUAGUAAAAGCUGUGGAUUCAGGAUCACCGCCUCUGUUCUCUACUAUACCCGUAUAUAUAAUGGUCGUCAUGGCCGACAAUGCUCCGCCCAAAUUCAAAAAUCCGAACGAAUCUGCUGAAAUCUACGAGAACGAACCGUCUGGCACUGUGGUCAAACGUUUGCAAGCCAGAAGCACAUCUUCUCUGUUAUUUGAACUAGUCGAAGGGGACAUGUACAGCUUGUUCUCAGUGAAUCCUAGUACCGGUGUAUUAAUCACCAAACGACAGUUGGACUAUGAAUCGUGUCACGUGUACAAUCUAAGCGUCACAGCUACGAAUAUGGCCGGGUCUAAAGCCAUAUGCCGCAUAUCUGUGCACGUGCUUGACAAAAACGACAAUUCACCUGUACUAAUCAACACUAGUUACAAGGGCCUCAUUAGUGAAGCUGCACCGAUCGGUUCUCUGGUUCUGUUGAAUGAUACAUUGCCGAUGUUGAUUAAAGCCAUAGACGCUGAUUCUGGGUCAAACGGACUUCUUCAGUACGAAAUAGUAGAAUUUGCCCAAAGCCGAAUGUUUCACGUAGUUUCCAACACGGGCGCCAUUAGGACAACUACUUUAUUGGACUAUGAAACAUCACCAAAUAUAACGUUUCACGUCAGAGUUAUUGAUCAAGGGAACCCAAGACGGACAUCUGAUGUACUAGCCAAAGUGUUUAUUUCAAUUUUAGAUGUGAACGAUUGUCCACCGGUGUUUACAAACUUUGAAUAUAAUGCAUCCGUGUUAGUGCCAACAUACAUCAAUGUUGCUGUUGUUCAACUAAAUGCUACUGAUGGAGAUUCAGAAGAGCAAACAAAAUUAAUAUACUCAAUCAUUGGUGGGAAUGAUGCAAAUGUUUACAAAAUCGAUGCUGAAAGAGGGCUUAUAACAGUUAGGGAUCCAAAUUUAGGCAUCAAAUCUAGUCCUCACAAUUUGGCUGUUUCUGUAACUGACGGCAAAUAUUCCAGUCAAUCAAAUGUCAAUGUUCACUGGUAUCGAAGUGAAGAUUCCAGUCUUAAGUUCCAAAAACCUAUUUAUUAUGCUACAGUCAUGGAAAAUGAUACUAAAGUUAGAUUUCUAUGUGCAGUCACUGUUAUUGGAGCACAUCUCAAUGAACAUUUACUGUUCUCUAUUUUGAACCCAACCAGAUAUUUUCAGAUAGGUUCAACUACAGGGAUACUAAGCACAACUGGAAUAGCUUUUGAUCGUGAAGUCAAAGAAGUCUAUCAAAUUAUUGUACAAGUCCAAAGCAUGGAUGCUGAGAGUGAUACAUUGAGAGUUGCUCAUGUUCCAGUUAAUGUGACUGUUUUAGAUGUUAAUGACAAUGCACCAAUGUUUGUAAACUUACCUUAUUAUGCCAUUGUAUCUAUUGAUGCCAAAAAAGAUGACCUUGUUACAAAAGUGCAUGCUAUUGAUUUGGACCAGGGUGAAAAUGCUGCUGUACGGUAUGAACUAUUUAAAGGACCUGGUGAACUGUUUAAAGUAUCUAGAAGUACUGGAGAAGUGUUUUUGCGACACAAUUUAGAAAGUCAAAACAAUGGCCGAGUAAAUGAAUUCAAAUUGAUUGUUGCUGCUUUUGAUGGAGGUCUGCAAUCAUACUCAACUGAAGUUGAAGUUAAUGUUAAAGUCAUGGAUCGAUCAAUGCCUGUUUUUGAUAAACAAUUUUACUCUGUAUCUGUACCAGAAAAUAUUGAACUUUAUGCUCCUAUACCAUUAUCUAUUAGAGCUGACUCUCCACUAGCCAGGAAAUUGAUUUACAGUAUUGUAGCAGGGAACACAUUUGAAGAAUUUGCUAUAGAUUUCAACACCGCUGAUGAUUACGGUGGUACUAGUUUAUUAUAUGCUGUGGACAAUUUGGAUUAUGAACAAGUGCAACAUUACACAUUGACCAUUAGAGCUACUGACAGUGUAUCUGGAGUAUCAGCAGACGUGUUAGUCAGUAUUAUAGUAACAGAUGUAAAUGAUUGUGCCCCAGAAUUCAUGCUAGACUCAUAUAAUAUCUCUAUAUCAGAAUCUGCAUCAUUUGGUUCAUUUAUAUUAAAAGUUACAGCCACCGACAAUGAUACCGAUAUAAACCGUUUAAUUAAAUAUUCAAUCCGAAAAGAUGAAGAAAAUUCUACUGAUUACUUUCACAUAGAUGAAAAAGAAGGUUCUAUUUAUUUGAAACAAGCAUUAGACCAUGAAACGCGACCAUUCCAUCACAUUGUUUUAGAAGCAUCUGAUUCUGGACUGCCACCUUUGAGUACCACUACUCAUCUUUGGAUAACUGUUAUGGAUGUUAAUGAUAAUGCACCAAAAUUUGAACAAUCCUCAUACUCAUGUUGGUUAUCUGAAGAUGCUGAAAGAGGUCAAUUUGUUACUAUGGUAACUGCUACUGAUCCAGAUAUGGUUGAUCAUUCACGUCUUAUAUAUGGCAUAACCGGAGGAAAUACUCAACAAAUGUUUGAUAUUAACUCAAAGUCUGGCAUCAUAAUUGUUUCAAACUUAAACAAGUUAACAACUGUAAAUGAACAUGUACUCAAUGUGUCGGUCAGCGAUGGAGUGUAUACCAGCUUUUCUAGAGUUAGAAUUGAAAUGGUGUCAUCUAACAGACAUAGUCCAGUGUUUGAAAAAUCCCAUUAUGAUGGUCGCAUUCUAGAAAAUCAAAUAUCAGGAACCGAAAUCAUUCGUGUACAAGCAAUAGAUAAUGAUACAGGUCCAUAUGGUGAAGUGAGCUACUCAAUACCAUCAAAAAAGAUGUCAAAGAUAUUUAGUAUCAAUAAUAUUACUGGAGAAAUUGUGUCAAAAAUGUCGUUGGACCGUGAAGAGACAUCACUUUAUGAAAUCAAUGUUUUGGCUUGCGACCAAGGAGCUAGAUGUGGGUUUGUUUUGGUUCGAAUUCGAGUGAGUGAUGAAAACGAUAAUUCACCACGGUUCCUUUUGCCAGAAUACAAAACUUGUAUACACAAUUCCCUGCCAGUCAACACAGGAUUUCUUACUGUAAAAGCAGUUGAUGACGACCAAGAACCUUCUGGUCAAAUAACUUAUUCGAUUAAUGAUAUUGAACCCAGUGACAUUACAGACCUAAUGACUGUAAACAAAUAUACAGGAGCUCUUGUUCUAUUAAAAACAGUUGAAUCCUUAAAAAACAAUGUGUACCAAUUUUUUAUACGUGCAACAGAUAGUGGAACACCACCAAGACAAUCAGAUGUUCCUAUUGAACUAUUUGUGUUAUCAUCUGAAGAUCUUCCUCCUGUAUUUCUGCAAGAAGAUCAAAAGUUUAAUUUAACUGAAAAUGCUCCUAUUGGUACAAUUGUGACAACCGUGAAAUUAGUAUCGGAUGUGGAAACUAAAUAUAAAAUCACUGCUUCUGAAGAAUCUACUAAACUGUUUACAAUCAAUGAUAAAGGUCAAAUAUCCACCACUGGUUUAUUAGAUAGAGAAAAACAAGCAUUCCAUAUACUUGGUGUAUUUGCAUUUACUGAAUCAUCUCCUCCAUUAACUGCCUUAACUGAAGUCUAUGUAAAAGUAUUGGAUGAAAAUGAUAAUGCUCCAGAGUUUGACAAUGACAUGUACAGUGCUAAAAUAUCAGAAACCAUUAUUGAAGGGACCCCAGUGGUGAAAACACGUGCAAUCGAUUUGGAUGAAGGGAAAAAUGGUGAAGUCAAGUAUUUAAUCAAUUCCAAAUCCAUUGUGCCAUUUGUAAUUGAUCAGUACUCUGGAUCAAUUAGUGUUUCUGCGUCCAAUUUAGACCGAGAAGUAAAAUCCUUGUAUAUAUUUGAUGUAGUAGCCUUGGACAGUGGAACACCAUCGCUGAACUCUACUGUUAAGAUACACAUAUCUUUAGUUGACUAUAAUGACAAUCCAUCACGUUUUUCUCAAGCUGUAUAUUCAGCAUCAGUUGAAGAAGAUUCAUUGCCUGGAACAGUUGUUGUUCAAUUGACAUUAGUAGAUAAUGACAAUGAAUUACCAACUACAUUAAUGUAUCACAUUCGUGAUGGGGAUAUGCACUCAAAAUUUGCUAUACGGUCAACUGGUGAAGUGUAUGUUGCUAACACAUUAGAUCGGGAGUCAUUAGAUAAUUAUCAACUCACAAUAAUAGUUACUGAUGGAAAAUAUGUGUCAACUGCACGACUUAAUAUCAUCGUCACUGAUGUUAAUGAUGAAAAACCUUAUUGCCUUCGUCACCGCUACAGAAGAACACUCUCAGAAGGAGCACCAAUUGGCAAUGUAAUAUUAAAAAUUGAAGCUCGUGAUGCAGAUUUAAAUCCAAAACUGCGAUAUUACUUAACUGGGCAUGGAGCAGAACAUUUUACUUUAGAUAUUGAUAGUGGAUUAUUGAAAACGGCAGUGUCUUUAGACCGAGAACAUUAUGCACGGUAUAACUUAGAAGCACACGUUCAAGACCGAGAAAAAAAUGAAUGGGAAUGUGUGUCCAAAGUAGAAAUUACCAUGUUAGACAUCAAUGAUAAUGCACCAGUAUUUGUUUCUAAUAAUAAUAAUACUGCCUCAUUAUCAGAAGACGCACAAAUUGGCACCAUUGUGAUCAAGAUACAUGCAACUGACUCUGACAUUGGUCUAAACCGAAAACUUAAAUAUUCAUUACAAGAUUCAGCUGACAAUCAUUUUAUUAUAUCAUCUGAUAGUGGAAUUGUAACACUUGCUAAAAAACUGGACCGUGAGACUUGUGAAACCUAUAACUUAACUGUCAAAGCAAUGGACCAUGGUUCUCCACCACUUUCAAGUACUACUCAACUAAAUGUAAUCGUAUUAGAUGUCAAUGACAAUCCACCAAUAUUUGUCCAAAGAACAUACUAUGCUACCGUUUCUGAAAUUGCUCCUAUUGAUACCGAGGUGACCAGAGUGCUGGCUACAUCAUUAGACUCUGGUAAAAAUGCUGAAGUUAUGUAUUCAAUUGCUGGUGGUAAUGAACACAAUAAAUUCUCAAUAAACCCUGAGACUGGUGUAAUAAGUGUAUUCGAAAUGCUUGACUAUGAACGAGUGCGUGACUACUUACUGACAAUACAAGCAACAGAUCUAGGUGAACCUCCGUUAAGCAACCAGGCCAUGGUGAACAUUUCAAUUUUGGAUGCCAAUGAUAACGCACCCAUUUUUAGUCAAUUAGCUUAUACUACUCAAAUUAGUGAAGAUGCACAUAUAGGUGAAGUUGUUAUUAAAGUUUUGGCUACUGAUUUGGACAGUGAGCUAAAUGGCAAAAUACGUUAUGCUCUGGUAAAAGGAGAUCAUCAUCAGCAAUUCUCCAUUGAUCCUUUCACAGGCAAUAUAACUGUUGCUAAACCUUUGGAUCGUGAACAGGUAUCAACUUAUAAUUUACAAAUUCGUGCUACUGAUUCUGGUAUUCCUGAACUUAUGAGUUUUGCGUUAGUACAAGUGCAAGUUAAUGAUGUUAAUGACAACCCACCACUUUUUUCACAGCACAAUUAUUCAGCAUUUGUACACGAGGACAAAAAACCUGGUUGGAUUGUUUGCCAACUUUCUGUGACAGAUGCCGAUUUAGAACCAAAUGGUGGGCCUUUCACGUAUGAUAUACGUAACAGUGAUGAUGGAAAUGCAUUUAGCAUUGAUCCUGAUGGCACAGUAAGAACAGCUACGCAUUUAGACCAUCGUUUUCAACAGAAUUUUAAACUAGAAAUACGUGUGUUCGACAAUGGAAAACCAUUCCUACAUUCUGAUACGUGGCUCCAUAUUAAGGUAAUUGAAGAAUCACAAUUCCCACCUAUUAUAACACCUCUUGAAGUCUGGGUAGGAUCUUGGCAAGAUCGUUGGGAAGGAGGAUCAUUAGGGCAUAUACAUGCCACUGAUCAAGAUGAAUAUGAUACAUUAGCAUAUUAUAUAAAGAAUGUAAAUCACAAAGAACUAUUCAAAAUUGAAGAACGAUCAGGAGAAAUAAGAGCACCACAAGGACUGGAUGCCGGCUUUUAUUCAAUUAAUGUAUCAGUUAGUGAUGGUAAAUUUUCAUCAUACUCUACUGUUAAUGUUGCUGUAGACUCGCUGACCGAUGAAAUGUUAAAUGAAGCAAUAAGUAUAAGAUUAAAGUCUGUCACACCACAACAUUUCAUAUCUAGUCAAAAGAAACUUUUAAUGCGUACAUUAAAAAUGAAUUUGGGCAAGGAUGUAAAUUUGAUCAGUCUCCAAGAUGCUCCACAAGGAAAUCUAGAUAUAUUACUCUUUGUCAGAGGGGGAAUAGAUUUAAAUACUAUGCAUGCUGCUCUUCAAAAGGCCGGUUUAGUUAUAUCAAACAAUGUACCCCCUUGUAAUUGUACACCUGGGCAAGGUGUGUGUAGUCAACGCAUUACUUGGUUGCCAGAUCAAGUGCAGACAAUAGUAACUGAAAUGGUGACAUUUGUGGCACCUGCUCAUACCCACCAACCACAUUGUGCUUGUCGACUAGGCUUUGUUGGUAAACAAUGUGAAAAUAAAAUGACUACAGAAUGUUUGUGCUCUGUGGAUGAAAUAUGUGUGCCAGAUAAUGAAAUUGAUGGUACUUAUAAGUGUGACAAGCCAAGAGGUGUUGGAGAUCGUUGUUUAGUUGGUAAUGAGAUUGCCUGUUGGCCUCCAAUGUUUUCUAAUUUACACAUAACUUGGAUACAAAUGACUGCUGCGUCAGCUGCUUUAGUUUUUAUCAUCAUGGUCAUAUGCAUGUUAAUCAUAUGCAGAAAGUGUCGAGUAAAACGUCAAAAUGCUCGUCGAAACAAAAACAUAAAUGUAUUGAAUACAGAGUUUAAGAGGACUGCUAAAAUCAGCAACUUAGAAGUAGCUCAGCGACCAGUUUCUUACACAGCUAUAGCCAGCAACCCAGAUGCAGCUUACAUGGCAGCUGUGGCUUCAAAUCAACUCAACAACUUAGACACUUUACGAAGCUACGGUUCAGCUGGUGAUGAACUGGAAAAUGUUCCACUUGAUUAUUUGCGCAAUUUAAAUCGAGGAAGUAACAACAAAAUAAUGAAUGACCUCAAAGCAAUCCCGGAUGUUACCAGAGUUCCAAGGAGGUCUAUGCAUUGUUCAGAAGAAGACACUAAAAUAUUAGGUGGUUACCAUUGGGACUGUUCAGAUUGGGUGCGUCGUAGCCAAAAUCCAUUGCCCAAUAUCAGUGAAGUUCCUGGUAGCGAAGUACCCGAUUCAUCCAGUUUCCACAGUGAAAGCAAUGAUGAAGUACACCAUCACAUAAUUGAUCCUGCAAGAGAUUUGGAAACACUUGAUGAAGAGUUGUACUUAUCAUAUCGUAGUGAAGACGAUGACGUCGUUACAUAUGGUUUCCCACAGCGAUAUCCAAGUCAGAGUGAACUUUCUACUAAUGUUUGUGAAAUUGAAGAUCCAGAUAUGCCAAUGUCUACAGCUGUAUGAGAGAUUAAAUAACAUUUAACAUUCCAUUAGACGAAUAUCGUCAAAGUUGAUUUUUCUGAGUAUUAAGAAUAAUUUUUAUUUUGUUCAUAUUGUAUAGAAUUAUUUUGAUUAUUUUGUCCCAUUUAAAAUGGGAAGACUGAAUGCCUUUCUCAAUGUUUAACUAUUUGAGUAUGUAAAAAAAAAUUUACUGUGAUAGUUUGACAACUUUUUUCUACAAAUUUUUUUUUUUUUUUUUAGUUAUUAUUUUGACCAUAGAAUUAAAGUGUUCAUUAUAAACAAAUGAAUAACCAUUGUCCAGUGCGUAAAAAUAUUUUUAUAAAUCAUAAAUAUGAUUAUUUUUUUCAUCUCCCAUCGGAAAAAUGAUCUCUUACCAUAUCCGCCGCCUGUGUUUUAUCAUUAUUUUACAGCCAUUGGAUUGGUACAACCUUAAACUGCAACUAUUAGACCUAGUCCUUAUAUAUAAUAAUAAUUACGUAACCAGUGCUAAUAAUCUGGUGCUACUAAUAGAAGGUUGAUCGUAAUUUUAUUUUUUUCUUUAACGACUGAACGAGGGCUUGGGCAAUAAGUAUAAUUAUUUUUGUUUUUGUGACUACUUUUUUUCAAAAUAUACAAAAACAUAUUGUGUUCAUUAUUAAAAAUUAUAUAUUAAUAAAAGUCAACAUUUUAUAUUAAAGUUCCGCAAUACUGUGCCAUUCCAAUAUAAAAAAUUCAAAAAAUCCUAUUUAGCUCUUAGUCUAUAUAUCAUUUUAGUAUUUAUUAAAUUACCAUGUCUAAUUUUUUUUUGUCCUCGUAACAA